AUGUCUUCUUCUGAUCUACCACCCCGACCGCCCUUCUCGUCUCUGCCCCUGGACCCCAAUGGUCCUCCAGGAAACGCGUGGGGUCUCUAUGGCAAAGACGAUCGCUUAGGGGCGCUGAACCUUCUGACCCCAGCCAUCGUCGCCGCUGCAGCAGCAUCAGAGAUCCGGACCGGUGACCGCGUGUCGCUGGACUGGUCGCUGACCAACCCUUCACAGCCGAGCUUCGAUCGGGCGCCGUUUGAAUCGAAACUUGUCAACCGGACGCAUCCCAACGGGGAGAAGAGGACGGUCAACGACGACAUCUUGCACUUCAACACGCAGUGCAGCAGCCAGUGGGACGGGUUCAGGCACUACGGGCAGCAGGACAUGAACAAGGAUCAAGCAGCUAACGCUUCAGACGAAGGGUACCAGAAAGCCAAGCGGUACUACAACAACACGACUCAAGACGACCUGGAAAAUCCCGAAAAGAUCGGCAUCGAUGCCUGGGUCGAGAAGGGUGGCAUCGUCGGCCGGGGCGUCCUGCUCGACUACGCAAGCUUUUGCGCCCGGCACGCACUCCCGCUCGACGCCUUCACGAGCAGCGACAUCACCCUCGAGCACCUGAAGCAAGUCGCCGCCGAGCAGAACGUCACCUUCCAGUCCGGCGACAUCCUGCUCAUCCGCUCGGGUUUCACGGCGGGCUACAACGCCAAAGACGAUGCCGCGCAGAAGGCCGUCGCCGCGCGUGCGAGCCCCGACUUUCUCGGCGUCGAGCCGACCAAGGACGUGCUGCGGUGGAUCUGGGAGACUGGGUUUGCGGCCGUGGCGGGCGACGCGCCGAGCUUCGAGAGGGCGCCCAUCGCGGGGCCUCAUACUGCCGUUGGGGGUGUGUGGAAGGGCGAGGCGUGGGAGGAGGAGAUGCAGAGCGGAGGUUUGCUGCAUCAGUGGCUGCUGGGCGGAUGGGGACUGCCGAUUGGAGAGAUGUUUGAUCUCGAGGCGUUGAGUGUCAAGUGCGAGGAGCUCGGGAGGUGGACAUUCUUCUUGAGCAGCGUGCCAUUGAGGGCUGAGGUUCCGGCAAUGGACCUGGACUCUGACGAAGGCUCCGGUGUCGGCAUCGGCAUCGGGAGCACUGGCAACAUCGGCAAUGCCAGCAGCAUCAACGUUGCCGCAAGCAGCAGCAGCACCAUGAAUGGCGGGAACCGCCGCCAUUCCCACUCUCACAAUCACCAGCAUGUCCUGGAUUACCACGGCCACGGCCACGGCCAACGACACCACAGCACCAGCUCCAUCAACGGCAACGGAACCAUCAACGGAUCAAGCAUCAACGGCAAUACCACUAACAACACGAACGGGAAUAACCAGCAACUGGCUUCUCCACCCCUGACACACCCGUCCAACACAACGCCUCUGCCAGACAGCGGCAGACGUCGGCGCCACCGCGACAAGGAACGCGUCCGCGUCACCCGGGCCUGCGACAGGUGCAAGAAGCGCAAGAUCCGCUGCACGGGAAUCCAGCCGUGCGAGUUGUGCAUCCGCACCGAGUCCUACUGCACGUACAACGCGUCUUAUGCACGCGGGCGCCAGCCGCCCGUGGCAACUCGGGAAGAUGUCGCCCGAAUGGACCUCGACGGUCUCGACGUCUCCGUACCGCCACCUGCGGGAACGCAUGGAAACAGCUCGAACAGCAGCAAUUCCGCUGGUGCUGGUGGUGCCGUCUCCGGCUCGUCUGCGGCUGGCGAGGAUGCCCUGAUGGCAUCCAUCGUCGUCGACGUCGGAGAGCCUGAUGUUGACCAUGAGCACGAUCAUCAACAAGAGGAAAGUAUCAUGAACGGAUCGAAUCUUGUCAUUGGCAGCGUCGGCCCGGGGACUGCCGAGCCUCCCUCGCGGGCGUCUCCUGAACCUACCCAGACAGACCUCCAGGGCCACUAUGUUGGCCCCUCAUCCGGUGUGUCUUUCUUACUGAGGGUUCAGAAGAGGUUACACCAGGCCGUCUCCUUCUCACAAGCUUCCUCAAUUUUCACUUUUGGCGAUGCCCCUCUGCCUGACUUUGACCCCAGCGGCGCCUUCUGCGUCCUGCUGUCCAAGGAUGAGGCGACAACGCUGCUCAAGAGAUAUUUUGACUUCGCCGUGCCAACGCACCGUUUCCUCCAUCGCCCCACCGUUGAAGGCUGGCUCGAAGAGUUCUAUGCCACCAACGGCGCCAUGAAGAGCCAGGAGGACGCUCCUGCGAGGAGGGCCGUUCUAUUUAUGGUGUUUGCGCAGGCCCAGGAGUACAUGGUCACCACUCAGACCCGUGAAAACGCGGAUGUCAGCGCUCGAUAUUUCUUGGCUGCAGAUCACCAGCUCUCCAAAGAGCGCGGUGCCGUCCGCCUAGCCAGCGUACAGGCUCGCUUAUGCCAGUGCUUCUGGCUACUAUCACAGUCCCGCAUCAACCACUGCUGGAGUCUCUUCGGCACCGUCGGGCACCUGGCUCUCGCCAUCGGCCUCAACAGGAACCGCCACGCCGACCCGGCGGGGGCUUACAACUACAUCGAACUCGAGUGUCGUCGGCGCACGUUCUGGUGCGCGUACAGUCUCGACAACUACCUCAGCGCCGCGCUGGGCCGGCCGAGGACGUUCCACGACGAAGACAUCGACCAGGAACUCCCGUCGUGCUCGGAAGACGGCGAUCUGCAUGCGGACCACAUCACGCCCCGCAUGGGACGCGGGCAGUCGCUCAUGCUGGCGCCCGUGGCUCACGUCAAGCUCUCACGAAUAGUGAGCAUGAUCUUACGAGAUCUGUACUCCAUCCGCCCCUCCUCAUUUUCCAACCGCUGCGCCUUGGCGGCAAAGUACUCGCAGAACCUGAAGCAAUGGCGAGCCGAGCUGUCGCAGUUUCUCGACGACGGCAUCAACAUGGCCCUUCUCAUACCAAUAUUUCAACGACAGAGAAACGUCCUGAAUCUAGCCUACUGGCACGCUAUGAUACUUACCCACCGACCGUUCCUCCUCAGCAACUUUGCGAGGUUACAACGGAACGGCAAGAGCCGUCGUCGCAGUGUGCCGCAUAAGGACCAAGCCGGCGACAGCGUCCAAGCGUGCUUAGACGCGGCCAUGCAUGUUGUAGAUACAGUGAACGACCUGAUCCAGGCAGGCCAGCUGUUCCGUGCAUUUUGGUUCACUUCUUACUUCGCCUUCUCCGCCGUCGUCGUUCUCUAUGUCUACACAAUACAGCAGCGGACGGCGCCCGCAGAGACGUGGCAGUCCUACUUCGCCGCCGCGACGCGCUGCCAGACACAGCUCGCCACGCUCGCGGACAACGAGUCUCAGCUGGCCGCGCGGUACUGCCUUGUGCUCGAGGAGCUCCGGACGGAAGCUCUGAGACAGACGGAACGCCUCCACAGCCCUCCAGUCCAUAAUAACCAAAAUGGUGGCGGGUCUUUGGCAGCUCGUGCGGCAGAAGAUGUCCACAACCAACAGCCUGAUCACCUAGCAGGAAUCAACUUCUCGGACGUUGCUCACACCGAGGACUUCGUGGGGUUCGAUGCCAGCCCGAGUAGCUCUCUAGCUGACAUGACCAGCUGGGGUCAAUUCGAUUCCAUGGUCACGUCUGGCUUUGGGGGCUUGGAAGCAUUGCUAAAUGACGACUCACUAAGAUUCUGA